AUGCUAACCAAAAAUUGCUUUUUGUUUUAUGUUUCUAGCCGUCGGACUGGCCAGUAUACAAUGAACCAUGACCAUUCCAAGAAGACCCCUGAUGGAGCAUCGUUUGAUCGUUCAGGAUCCCAGGACUCCUUGGAUGAACUGUCUAUGGAUGACUACUGGAAAGAACUUGAAAACAUCCAUGAAACCAGAGGAAAUAAUAAUGAGGAACGAGUUGCACUUGUACUGAAAGAGCCAGAUGAAGGGGAACUGGAAGAAGAAUGGCUGAAGGAGGCAGGUCUGUCAAAUCUGUUUGGUGAAAGCUCUGGUGACUCCCUGGAAAGUGUGGUGUUUCUGUCCACGCUGACCCGAACCCAGAAGGCCGCAGUAGAAAAGCGAGUAGAAACUGUCACGCAAACCAUGAGAAAAAAAAACAAACAGCAUCAGAUUCCUGAUGUCAGAGAUAUCUUCAGGCUACAAAAUGACUCAAAGGGAAAAAUCUGUGAUGGAAGUGAAUCCUCAACUGUGAGAACAAGUGAAAACAAAAAUGAAACACAAGAUGAAACAAAAAGUCCAAAGUUCAGUCUUCGAACGGAUGAACAGAAGAGCCCUCUUAAAGACAUGCCAUUUUCAGACACUGACAUCAAUUUGGAGAUAUCAUUUUCAGAACAGGCGGCUAAUCUCAAAGACAGCUCAGUAGGCAAAAUGUGCAGAGGUGGAGGGAGUGACACUCUUCUCCCGAACUUCAGGCUGCCGAAGGACAAAACAGGUACCACAAAGAUCGGUGACCUGGCCCAUCAGGAUAUGAAGAAUGUCUAUUCUUUAGCACUGAUUGAAUUAACUGCUCUCUAUGACGUACUUGGGAUUGAGUUCAAGCAGCAAAAAGCUGUAAAAAUAAAAACCAAAGACUCUGGCUUGUUUGGUGUCCCACUGUCAGUUUUACUGGAACAGGAUCAGAAGAAGGUGCCAGGAACCAAGAUCCCACUGCUUUUUCAAAAGUUGAUUGCCCAGAUAGAAGAGGCAACUCUGGAAACAGAAGGACUUCUUAGAAUACCAGGAGUUGCAACAAGAAUAAAGAGUCUUUGCCAAGAACUGGAAGCAAAGUUUUACGAAGGGACUUUCAACUGGGAAAAUGUGAAGCAACAUGAUGCAGCAAGUCUUUUAAAACUCUUCAUCCGUGAACUGCCUCAGCCGCUCCUCACUGUAGAAUAUCUCAAAGCUUUCCAAGAUGUACAGAAUCUUCCAACCAAGAAACAUCAACUUCAAGCUUUGAAUCUUUUGGUUCUCCUUCUACCUGAAGCAAACAGAGACACUCUGAAGGUACUGCUUGAAUUUCUCCAAAGGGUUAUUGAUCAUCGAGACAAAAAUAAAAUGACAUUGAAGAACGUUGCAAUGGUGAUGGCCCCAAACCUUUUCACCUUUCAUGGAUUUGGCUCAAAGACUAUUGAACAAAGCGAGUUUGUUAUGGCAGCUGGAACAGCAAAUGUCAUGCGCUUUAUGAUUCAGUACCAAAAACUUCUCUGGACAAUUCCCAAGUUUAUUGUCAACCAAAUAAGAAAACAAAACACUGAAAGCCAGAAGAAGGAGAAAAAGGACAAAGCUAUGAAGAAACUUCUGAAAAAGAUGGCAUAUGACCGGGAAAAACAUGAGAAACAAGAGAAGACCCCUAAUGAUGCUGAUGUUCCUCAGGGAGUGAUACGGGUACAAGCGCCUCAUCUUUCCAAAGUUUCCAUGGCAAUCCAGCUGACAGAAGAACUGAAAGCCGGUGAUAUAGUAGCCAGGUUUCUCAGCCAGAAAAGUGGAAAUGUCCAAACUCUCAAGAAAGAAGAAGUCUUUCUAUAUGAAAUAGGAGGAAAUAUCGGAGAACGCUGCCUUGAUAAGGAUACCUACAUGAAGGACCUAUACCAGCUCAACCCAAAUGCUGAGUGGGUUAUAAAAUCUAAGCAGAGCUAA